AUGAACUACCUGCGUCGACGACUGUCGGACAGCAAUUUCAUGUCCAACAUCCCCAACGGCUACAUGAGCGACCUGCAACGGCCCGACCCGCCGCAGCAGAGCCCCGCGGUGUCCCCGGGGCCCGCGGAGAGGCGCCAGUCCGCCAGCGCGCAGCCGACCGCGGCCGCGGCCGCGGCCCCGGGCUCCGGCUUCUUCUCCUCCAUCUCCAACGCCGUCAAGCAGACCACGGCGGCCGCGGCGGCCACCCUGUCCGAGGCGGCCGAUCGGGCCGGCGCCUCCAGCAACGCCAAGAUCCUCCUGGCCAUCGACGACCAGCAAACCGACUGGGUGAAGGUCUUCAGAGGAAGAAAGGUCCACGGUGAAUAUGACAUCAAGGUAGAACAGGCAGAAUUCUCUGAAAUCAACCUGGUGGCCAACGCCACAGGCUCCUACAAUGUGGACAUUGAUGCAAUCAGAAAUGGACAUAAGGUUACUAAAUCCUUUAAGCCCGACUUUGUGCUGAUAAGACAGCACGCCUUCAGCAUGGAUAAGAAUGGCGACCAUCGGAACAUCGUGAUUGGACUGCAGUAUGCGGGAGUACCGAGUGUUAACUCCUUGCACUCUGUGUAUAAUUUCUGUGACAAGCCAUGGGUGUUUGCUCAGAUGUCAAGACUCCACAAGCAGUUGGGUCAGGACGAUUUCCCCCUGAUCGAGCAGGUUUACUAUCCAAACCACAAAGAAAUGAUUUCCGCCCCUCGAUUCCCUGUCGUGGUAAAGAUGGGCCAUGCUCACUCAGGAAUGGGGAAGGUGAAAGUGGACAAUCAAUCUGACUUUCAAGACAUUGCUAGUGUUGUUGCAAUUACGAAGACUUAUGCAACUUCUGAGCCUUUUAUUGAUGCAAAGUAUGAUGUCCGCAUCCAGAAAAUCGGCAGCAAUUACAAGACUUACAUGAGGACGUCGGUUUCUGGCAACUGGAAGACUAACACUGGCUCGUCUAUGCUUGAGCAAGUGGCCAUGUCAGACAAGUACAAGAUGUGGGUGGAUUCUUGUGCAGACAUCUUUGGAGGGUUAGAUAUUUGUGCUGUGGAGGCUCUGCAUGGUAAAGAUGGCAAGGACUACAUUAUAGAGGUCGAUGACUGUUCGAUGCCACUGAUUGGGGACCAGCAGGAUGAGGAUCGUGUUCAGAUUGCAGAAUUAGUCAUUUCUAGGAUGAACCAAACUAUUCCCUACACCGUGAGCUCUUCCACAGUGCGUGCCACUGGAGGACAACAGACACAGAAAGCAGUUUCCCCUCAGCCUGUCUCGCAGCCCAGAGUCCCACAAGCCCAACAGCGUCCUUCACCACAGGGGGGUCCUCAGCAAAGUCCUCCACCCCAGCAGCGCCCCCAGCCUCAGGGCCAGCCCCCCGCACAGGCCCAGCAGCAGCCGGUCAGCCCCGGCACCACUGACCCCAGCUCUCAGGCCAAAGUGAACACAACGCGGCCACCAGGUCAGGGCGCUGCUCCGCGUAGCCAGGGAGGUUCCCCCCAGGCUCAGAGGCAACAGUCCGCGCCGCAGCCCCAGAAAACCUCCGCGGGGGGUCAGAAACCACAGAAACCCGCUCAGCCCCCCAGACAGCUGUCACAGGGGGGGGGGCAGCAGCAGAGGGCAUCCAGUCAGCAAGGCCGCCCCGGCGCACCCACCACCCAACAGCCACGGCCUGCUGCUCAAGGCCAGGGGGGUCCGGGAGGAAGACCCCCCCUGCAGCAAAAGCCCCAGCCCCCACAGAAGCCCAGCCAGGACAGCCCGCCUAUGGGGGGCUCCCCGCAGCUAAAAAACCCCAGCGCCCCGAGCCAGCCUUAGCCAGGACGAGGUGAAGGCUGAAACCAUACGCAAUCUACGCAAAUCUUUUGCCAGUCUCUUCUCAGACUGAGGUGGCACAAGACCAACCCCCACCCCAUCCCUCCCUCCCCCUUCCCACUGAGAGAAAAAAAUGGACAGGCAAACUGAAGGAGAGAUCCCUUCUUCCCCAAAUGAGCAAGGACCAACAGGAUCUCCAAAAUACGUCUACCUAGUCUGACUGAAAAAUUGAAGCGCACUGCCGACAUAAAUCUAAUCUAUUAGAGGGGAAACAAAGGUACAAUAUAGUCAGGCACUGAACGUCCCAAACAUUUAUUGUCUUGCUUUGAGCUUAAGUGAGUCCACGUAAGCCACACAAAAACCUGUAUAUGCAUGCAACGCACAAAAACACACAAACAGGAAGCAUAACAAUCAGAUGCUGCGCCCUUUUGUUUUGGUGCUGUAAAUUUAUCGUGGUAUUUCUGUUUUAAGUAAAAUAAGGGACUCUACAAAUGCUACUAUGGUCAAGAGGAUUGUACUACAGAGUUAUUAUGAGCAGUUACUGAACAGUAUAUAUACACCUACCCUAGUCGAUAGAGUUUUCUGAGAGAUUCACCUCAUUAGUUUAGUCUCAGCCCAGAUUAUAGAUUUAUCUAUAGAAUAGGCAUACGUUUUUGUGUCACAGUUCAUAUAAGACUAUUUUUACUAAACUAUUGGAGGUUUUUCUACAAAACCAAAAGUCACAAGUAUGACAUUAUUAUAAUCAGACACAAAGAUUAAAAGAUAAAUUCCAAAAAACAGUAAGCUUGCCUUUUGAAAAAAUGAAAGUAACUCUCUUUCCUCCCCCCUAGUAGCUUUGUAUUGUGCCUGUCUCACUUGAGCUGCACACAUAAUGUCCAGUGUUAUCAAAAGCUAGUUCUGUUCGGGCCGCUGGGCGCUGGCGGUGAUAUCUUAGCUGCAUGUCGUACGGGGGCAAUCCUUGCAGUUUCUGACGUCUGGCGCUUGUAUUUGUGUCGUCACAUGUAGGUGAGUUAGUAAAGUAGACUUGUAGGUGUUGUGCAGUGCGUCGUUGCUCUCACUUUUCUUCCCCCUUUUUUCUCACCGCACCGGAGUAAAAAGUGUCCACUUUAAGAGCAUGCCUUACACAGACAAAAGGUCAAAUCAAAUGGCACGGUCUCAGGGAUGUCCACUUGAUUGGGACUCUUGUGUGUGGCUGAGGGUCUUCCAUUACAGUUUUAUAUUUUUUUUUCUUCUUUUUUGUUGAUGAAGGAAAAGCUUGCAUCUUUGUCAGGUAAAAUGUGUAACGUUUGCACACAGAGUACACAGCAACAUGAUACUUGAAUAAAACGCCAUGGACUGAUGUGUGAAGUUUCCAUGUCGAGCCGCUCGCUGGACCGUCAAACAGUUACGAGCCGUGACCGGAAACCAACCGCUGAAUUGAGAAGUUUGACAAUAACUACCACAUUAGCUCGGGCUGGUUUGGGGAUUUCGCGGCGGCGUGUGGGGUUUGGCACUUCACUCAACAGACUGUGCUUCCAUAUGCUGCAUGCUUUUUGCUUUUUCCAUAGAUUUACGACACGCUCCAAAGCAUACUCAGCCAAGGAAUGUUACAUCUAUACAAUAUAGGGAGGGAAACAAUGUGAAAGGCAUCGGGACAUGAACUGCAGGGUGCCCCUAUGCAGUGGUUCUAGCACUUACUGCCACUCACCUUUUGCACUGACAAACCUGUCUUGAAUCUAUGUGGAAAUGGAAGCUGUAACUGUUAAACAGUUGUGUUUCUAGACACCGAAAACGUCUUCCAGCAGUGCGUUACAUUUGAAUGUCGAGCAAAUACGGCAAUACCCCCCCCCCCCUGCUUUUCAGUGAAGUUUCAGUAGCCAGAAGUAAAAAGGAGUCACGAUCCCCCUGCAGACUCUCCAUGCUGCCUGUGCUUGUUGGUCUGUUUGUGUAGCCACAGUGACCCCUUGUGCUCAGUGGUGUGUAAACGUGUGAAUGUUGUUUUGUGACUGGCCGAGCCAAAUAGAUGUGUUGUACAGAGCUCUGAGUGAUGCAGAUUGCUUCUUCUCUCCCCUGCUGCUAUCUGUGCUUGUUGGUAUUAGGUGUGUCUUACUUAUUUCGUUUUUGCUUUAGAGGUUUGUGGAUUGAUAUUUGAAUGAUUCGCCAUCAUUUGCUUCUUAUGAGGCACCACUUUCCGAGGCUUGAGGGUUUAUACCUUAGUGAUUCAGGGCUUCAUUUUUAAAUUUUACAGCAACUCAGUGUCAGUGAAUAAUUGCCCGAUUUAUCGUUAUUAUCGCCAGGAGAAUCAGUGGGAGCAGUGCUCACACUGAGUGUGUAAUCUAUGAAAAUGAGCCAUUACUUUUAGAAUGGAUGGUUGAGUUGGCAACAUGUCCCUCUUUCACUCAGACUGACAGAAUGAGCUGAAACAGCAAUGCAACGACACAGUUUUGUAUUUAUGUUUUUGAUAUUUGAAUAUUUUUAUUUUAUUCUAAAAGGUCCAUAUUAUUUCUGGUGAAUAGAUUUGACCGUGAAUGUACUUUAGUCUUUCUUACAGCUGGUUCUUUUGUCUAAUUGCACUGUAUAAUCAUUGUGAAAACUGAACAACUGCAAAUUUGUCAAUGAGUGAAAAUUGGUUGUCAUAUGAUGCCUGCCAGAUUGAAAAUAAUACACCGUACAUGUAAGUGCAAACAUCUGGGGUUUUUGUGAUAUCAAAAGUGAGACAAUGCAUAAAGUAAACAUGGUGGAUUAUUCAAUUUGAUGUAAAAAAAAAAGAAGAUAUAUAUAUAUAGAUGUUAUAUGCAAUGUAGCUAUAUCAUGUGAAAAUGAGUAUGAUAUUAAAACAUGCACAUGUCUAAUAAAGUAUAUGACCAAACCGUUGCUGUUGUGUUUUUCACUAUGGGCGUCAUAUCUUCAUCUUGAAGACUGAUUCUUGUGGAGUUUAAGGCAAGACUCAAAGGCAAGGCAAAAAAUACCUUAAUGAU